GAUGGCCCUGCCCUGUGGAGUGUUGUGCCUCCUUAUCAGUUUAGGUGAAGCUAGGAAAAGCGAACAACAGAAAAAAGAAUGGCCACUGCAGUUGGAAGAGGACUCCAUAUUCCCCCAUGUAAUUCUUUACCUUUCAUUUCUAAGACUGCGUUAAAGCACUCAUUUGGAGUAGUGACGAAGCAGACAUGGCCUGUCCAAACAGGAAAAACUCGAAGUCGUACUCUCGUGAUGGCUCAGGCCCAAGUACGCCCAACAUGGCUUCCGGGGCUUGACCCUCCGCCACACCUCGAUGGAAGUAAUGCUUUCGUUCCAAACAGUUUGGCUGGGGAUUAUGGGUUUGACCCACUUGGGCUCGGAGAGGACCCAGAAAGUCUGAGGUGGUAUGUUCAAGCAGAGCUUGUUCAUGCUCGCUUUGCCAUGCUUGGAGUCGCAGGAAUUCUUCUAACAGAUUUGCUGCGUGUAGCAGGGGUCAGCAAUUUACCACUUUGGUACAAAGCAGGUGCAAUUAAGUAUGGAUUUGCCAAUACAGAAACUUUGUUCAUUGUCCAACUAAUCUUGAUGGGAUUUGUUGAAACAAAAAGAUACAUGGAUUUUGUUAGUCCUGGAUCUCAAGCCAAGAAAGGAUCAUUUUUUGGAUUGGAGGUUGCUUUAGAGGGUCUAGAACCUGGAUAUCCGGGUGGCCCUUUACUCAAUCCUCUUGGUUUGGCAAAAGAUAUAAAGAAUAGUCAGGAAUGGAAGCUUAAGGAGAUUAAAAAUGGACGGCUUGCAAUGAUGGCCAUGCUUGGCUUCUUUGUGCAAGCUUCUGUAACUCAUGUCGGGCCAGUUGAUAAUCUUUUGGAGCACCUCUCUGAUCCAUGGCACAAAACUAUUAUUCAAACCUUAGCUAACUCUAGUUCUUGAAUAGCAAAUAUUGAAGAAUUAUAUCUCUCAAGACAUCAUUCUCCAUUAUACAUUUAUUUAGUCAUACCUUGCUGUACACAUUUAUGAGUAAUAAUUUUAAUACAAGCUGCAUUCUUUCACGGCU